AUGCUCAGCAUUCAAUCCACCAUCCUCGCCAUCUCCCUCGCCGCGCUCACACCGCUCGUCGCAGCUAUCAGUCCCAGCGACGGCCGCGUCUUCUGCGACCAGGGCGACAAGGGUGUCCCGCGCGCCUUCGCCCAGGACAUCAUCAACAACAUCAAUACGUCCCAGCAGGACUUCGGCGUUCCCGGCCGCGACGCGGACUUUGGGUUCGGCAGCAGCUGCCUCAGCCACAGCCAGGGCGGCGGCUCGUCCUGCUGCCAGGUCGCGUUCCUCAACACGAACGGCAACGUCGGCACCGUCACUAUGACCGCCAAUACGAGGUCCACCGGCGUGGACGCCCUGGGUGGGCGGACGGAUGGGGCGACGCUGAGGAGUAUCGCAGAGGACAUUUUGAAUACUUGUUGGUCGGGCAAUGGGGACCACUCUGGGCGCUGGGCCGGGGAUGGGUUCCAGGUUGGGUUGAGCGGCGGCACUUGCUAA